CUUGCGGUGCACAACACCGGCUGUAGUCCGGCUUUAAUAGCCCUCCCUCCUUCCUCUCAUCACCACCAUUUCUCCCUUGACCCUUUUUUUUCAACUUAAAUUAUCCCAUAAUUUCUAAUAUGCCCGGUCGACCGACAAAUCCCCCAGAAAUGGAUGGAAUCGCGGUCAUCGGAAUCGGGUGUCGCUUCUCGGGCGGCGCAACCUCGCCCGAGGAUUUCUGGCAGAUGCUCUGCGAUGGGCGAACAGGGCACGGCCGGAUUCCGUCCAGUAGAUAUGAGGCCUCUGGCUGGCAUCAUCCCAGCCAUGAGCGGAAAGGCGCAAUCAACCAUGACAGUGGAUUCUUCUUGGAUGAAGAUCCAUCACGAUUCGAUGCACCCUUUUUCUCAAUCACCGCCAAAGAGGCGGCGGGAAUGGACCCCGCGCAGCGAUUGUUGCUGGAGGUCGCGUAUGAGACUUUUGAAGAUGGCGGAAUACCAAUAGACACACUGCCAGGCAGCGACACGGCAGUGUAUUCGGGCUCCAUGACAAAUGAUUAUGAGCUCUUAUCAACACGAGAUAUAUAUGACAUGCCUCACAACUCGGCGACUGGAAAUGGCCGGACCAUGCUGGCAAAUCGCCUGUCGUGGUUCUUCGAUCUGCAAGGCCCGAGUAUCAUGAUGGACACGGCGUGUUCGUCCAGUUUAACUGCAGUCCAUCUGGCAGCAAACGCCUUGAGUUCUGGCGAAUGCGGAAUGGCGUUGGUGACUGGUGCCAGUCUUAUCUUACACCCUAAUUUCACACAGAGACUCUCGUACAUGCACAUGAUGAGUCCAGAUGGUAUCAGCCACUCCUUCGAUGAGUCGGCCAAUGGAUAUGGACGGGGAGAGGGCAUUGGGGCCGUCCUUCUCAAGCCCCUCGCCGCGGCAAUGGCUGACGGCGAUAACAUCCGAGCCGUCAUCCGCGGCACAGGCAUCAACCAGGAUGGCCGCACGCCGGGGAUUACCCUGCCCAGCCCGACCUCUCAGGCCAGUUUGAUUCGGUCGACGUAUGAGCGACAUGGUCUGUCCAUGCGAGACACGGCGUACUUUGAAGCGCAUGGCACGGGCACGCCUGUUGGAGAUCCUACAGAGCUGUCCGCAGUGGGCAUGACACUGGGUGAGGCUCGAACACCCACCGACGAGCCGAUAUACGUGGGCUCGGUGAAGACCAAUCUCGGCCACACCGAAGGCGCCGCCGGAGUGGCGAGUCUGAUCAAAGUCGUUCUCUGUUUAGAGAAAGCCACGCUGGUACCCAAUGCUGGGUUCAAGAACAUCAACCCCAAGAUCCGGCUCGAGGACUGGCGAUUACGGCUGAGCAACGAGACGAUGCCCUGGCCGGACCAUCUGCCUCAGCGGGCGAGCAUCAACUCGUUCGGAUUCGGUGGAUCCAACGCGCACGUCAUCAUCGAAAGCCUCAAGGAAACCCUGCGCGGCAGUGAAAGAGACCGCGAGCCGGCCCCUCAGGUUGUCGUCUUCUCGACCUUUGACCAAGCUGGGAUCGAGCGUCUGGGUUCGAGUUGGAGCGACUAUCUCAAGCGCCAGGAGCGCGACAUCCCAUUGCCGAAUCUGGCGCAUACCAUGCUGAGUCGGCGCUCGCAGCUGGGCUUCCGCAGCUUUGCAGUGGCCAACUCGCUCGACCAGCUACAGGGCGUCCUGGAAAAGGGACUCCCCAAGCAUCCUCGGGCGAGUCGCAAAGCCCAAACACGACUCGCGUUUGUCUUCACCGGUCAAGGCGGCCAGUGGGCGGGCAUGGGGCAGGAGCUGUUGAGAAUCCCCGUGUUCCGCGAAAGCAUGCAGCGAUCCCAGGACAUUCUCUCCUCGCUCGGGUGUCCUUUUGAUAUUGUGCAGGAGAUUCGAGCAGAGGCCAAGGACAGCCAGAUCAACCGGCCCGACCGCAGCCAGCCCAUCACCUGUGCGCUGCAGAUUGCGCUGGUCGACCUGCUGGCCAGCUGGUCUGUCCUCCCCAAUGCCGUUGUCGGUCACUCGAGUGGUGAAAUCGCUGCCGCAUAUGCCGGUGGCUAUCUCACCCACCCAGACGCCCUGCGAGUCGCCUGGUUCCGCGGCUUUUUCUCGCAGCAGAUUGCCGAGAGCGAUAAACGGGGAGGCAUGCUGGCGACGGGCAUUUCGGCAGAGAACGCGCAGAAGUAUCUGGAUGAGCUGCCGCCACGGUCAGUGGUCGUUGCCUGCGUGAACAGUCCUGCCAGCACCACCCUAUCUGGAGAUGUAGACCUGAUCGACCAGCUCGAAGGCCGACUGCAGAAAGAUGGCCACUUUGCGCGCAAGCUGCGCAUCGAUACGGCAUAUCAUUCGCCUCACAUGGAAGAGCUGGUGGAAGUGGUUGGCAAUGCCAUCGAGUGCAUCAAGCCUGAAGAUCGAUUUGCCGGGGCGAUUCCGAUGCUCUCCUCCGUCACCAAGGAGCGUGUCUCUCCCGCAGAGCUGGGGGGCGCGUACUGGGUGCGCAACAUGGUCAGCACCGUCGAGUUCACGGCGGCCGUAUCGCAGCUCGCCCGUCUGAGCGAAUCGACCAAGGCUCGCCGUCGCCCGGCGCCCAUCAAAUGGACGGCGCUGGUGGAAAUCGGACCUCAUGCCGUUCUCAAGGGCCCAGUCAACCAGAUCCUGCAGGCCGUCAACGCCAACAUGGCUGCCCUGCCGUACCAUUCGCUGGUGACGCGCAACCAACACGCGCUGCGAACAUCGCUCGAAGUGGCUGGCUCUCUUUGGAGCACCGGGCAUGCGAUCGAUCUGGCUGCAGUCAACAGCAGUGCCGAUCCCACCACCCCAGCGGUCGUGGCUGAUCUGCCUUCCUACCCCUGGAAUCACCAAACAUCGUUCUGGCAUGAACCGCUGGAGACGGCGCAAUUACGACAGCGCAAGCACCCGCGCCACGAUAUCCUGGGAGCUCCCCUCGACUAUCAAAACGCCCUCGAGCCCCAAUGGAGGAACUUCCUCCGGCUGUCAGAGAAUCCAUGGAUCGCCGAUCACGUCGUGGCCGGAUCGAUCGUCUUCCCAGCGGCCGGAAUGCUGGUGAUGGUCACCGAAGCAGCGCGACAAAUGGCAGACGGCCGGGAGAUGAUGGGAAUCGAAUUCCAAGACCUCCAUUUCCUCCGCGGUGUUGUUGUUCCCAACGAUGAGCGCGGACUGGAAACUGUCCUGCAAGUCUCGCCCCAUCCGGGAAUGCUCGGCUGGUAUCAAUUCGGGAUUUUCUCGCUUCCAUCUGGGGGUGCCUGGAUUCAGCACGCAAAGGGUGCGUUCGCGGCGCGAUACGAGAACCAGGAGGAUGCAGAGCAUGCGGCGAACUGGUCCGCAUCGUUGGAGCGCAUCCGGAGCACGCAGACUGUUGCGCGAAUGGCCAACAUCGGGCAAGCAUACCAGUGGCUGUCGGACGUCGGUGGUCUGUCGGUAGGGCCAUCGUUCAAGACCAUCACCGGCGUGUCUUUUGUCGAGUCGGAGCCUCGUCUGUGGCUGUCUGGAGUGGUCACAGACACCAAAUCCGGCAUGCCGUAUGAAAGAGAGACGCCCAGCUUCAUCCAUCCCACCACGCUGGACUGCCUCUUUCAGUCGGCGCUGCUGUCCUGCUCCGAUGCCCUGUCCAGCACCAACGCCAAUAUCCCCGUCGGAGUCGACCAUGUCUACAUCUCCAACAAUUCCCGCCCGAAUCCAGGCGAGCAGUUCGUCGUGCACACCGAGACGCAGUGGCGAGACGGCAAAUCGCGCACCCAGUGCAUCGCCUCGGAUCCGUCGUGGUCCAAACCCUGGAUCACCUUCGAAGGUGUUCAUCUCGGCCGGCUUCCCUUCAACCCCAACGCCCAAAAGCAAGACGAGGCAGCGUCUCAGAGCCGGUAUUCGUCGAUUGUUUGGGGUGAGCACUUGGAUUCGCCACUGGUCAUCGCUAAAGAUGGGACGCAAGGCCGUCUCCGGCUGAAAGACUGGGUGAAGCGCCUGUGCCAUACCCACGGAGAUGCGAAAUUGCUCGUCACCACAUCGGACACGACAACUCCGUGCAUCGAGGAGCUCUACGAGCUGGCCCCAGCUGGUGGAAAGCGACCCUGCCUCGGAAGGAUCACCACUGCAUUGUGUGGCGCCGAUGAAGAUGCAAAGGACACGAACAUUGUGCCUAUCAGUGCGCUGGACAAGCUCCCAUCCGCAUCGCUCCCAGAGAGUACAUAUGACUUUGCCGUUAUUGACGAGCCCAGCCUAUGGCAGGGUAAGGCUACAACGGCUAUUCUAUCUUUCCUGAGCACGAUCCUCGAGCGCAGCGGCGUUGCGGCGAUGCGCGUUUCCGAGACCAACGUCAACUCUGCCGUGGAAACGUUGCAACGCUUUGACGGAUUGGAAAUCGACAGCGUCACAGAUGACGAAAACUUCAUCGUCGUACGCAGGACGCCCGCCUCGUGGACCCCAGAGUCUGAGAUCUACAUCCUCGGUGCCGACGCAAGUUCAUCCACUGUUCUGGAUCAUCUAGGAAAGAACCUAGCCGCUCACAACGCUCGCGUGGUGCCUGUCGGGUUAGACCAGGCAGCCACGCUGGCCGGAAAGACGGUGGUGUCGUUACUCGACCUGGCAGGUCCAUGGGUAUCCAACUGGACAGCCGACGACCUGAGCCGAUUCCAAGAGCUCAUCCACGCUCAGUAUGUUCUCUGGGUCUCACCCUUCUGGGCUCAAGGGGCCGUGGAGAAUGCGGAAUCCGGUGCCACGUGCGGUCUGCUGCGAACGCUGCGCAACGAGCAGUGGAAUACCACAAUUUCACAGCUACUGGUGGAUACCGACGAUAUGCAAGACCAGGCUGGUUUGGCUGCGGCGAUUCUGCGGGUAAUGCAUCUCACGACGCAGGAUAGCUCACGCCGGGCAGACUUGGAGUACCGUCUGUCGAGUGCUCGCCUGUUGGUUCCACGAGUGCUUGAGACUCCAGCGGUGGAUGAGGCGAUGCAUACGCUGGUCAAUGGCCCUCGACCUGUGUUGGCUGAUCUGACGCUGGACACAAGACCCCUGCAGCUGAAGGCCCAGGACACAGACAGUGCGUACUGGGAAGAGCAGCAGCUCGAAGACCAACUCCCAGCAGACCAUGCGGAGCUCAAGGUUGAGAUGGCCACUGUCUAUCAUGCAAACAGCGAUGCAAACUCCCUCGAAACCGCCCUGCCCAUGUUCGAGAUUGUGGGCAGAGUCAAUCGGAUUGGAUCAGGCGUGCACGACCUGGCUGUGGGCGACAAGGUGUUGACGCUGGCCUCGGAGGAAUCUGGCCUAUCGACGAUGCUACGCGUCGCGGAGAAUGACACCAUCCGAAUUCCUUCCAACACCGAUCCAGCAAAGACCAUCUCGUCUCCUCUGGCGUACCUCAACGCGCAUCAGAUUCUCACCCAGGUCGGCCGACUGCGCGCCAGUUCAUCCGUCCUCUUUGUCGGAUCAACCAGCCAGACUCUUCUAGCCAUGAUCGACUACUCUCUCAGCAUGGAUACGCAAGUUAUUGUCGCCACGGAUUCCCAAGACACGACCGAGGCCCUUUCCUCACGCUACCCGGCCCUAAAGGACCGCAUUCUGGGUAUCCACGGUAGUCUCGAAGCGAGCGUAUCGAGACUGACAAAUGGCUGUGGAGUCGAAACUAGUGUCUGUCUUGUCGGUGGAUAUGCUGGUCGGGUUGCCGCCAGGUGUCUAUCCCCCGGUGGGCAGUACAUCAAUCUGUCCAGCGAGAUGAAGCUCAGUGCUCUCCCAGAGAGCUUCAUCGACAGUGGCUGCACCUUCUCCUCGCCCAAAUUACAGAGGACAUUCUCCGAGAAGCCAGGCAGCCUGCAUGCCUCCCUGCGAGAGGUCAUCGACUACAUGAAGAGGCACCAAAUGCUGGAGCGUGUGCAAGCCUAUCCCAUCUUCCCUGUUUCCGAUCUGCAGGCUGCAUUCAGUCACUGCAAAAAGACCAAUACCCGAGCCAUCGUGGACUUACAAGCUCCCGGUCGAGUGCCCAUUGUGCAGCCGCUGCCCGAGUUCACCGGACUGCCUGCGGAGGACACCUAUAUCCUGGCCGGUGGGCUGGGCAAUCUCGGUCUUGCCUUUGCUGAUACUCUAGUGGAAGCUGGAGCACGACACUUGGUCUUCCUGGGGCGAUCUGGCGUGGUCCAGCAGGGGCAGCAGCUUGCCCUGGACUUGUUGAGCACUCGCGGAUGUCGUGUUGAUGUUGUGCGUUGUGACAUUUCCCAAAAGGCAGACAUCGAGCACCUUGCAUUCAAGAUCAGGAGCAAAGGCUGGCAUGUUGCCGGUGUGAUUCAGUGCACCACCGUUCUCCGGGAUAGCAUGUUUGAGAAGAUGACAUUUGACGACUGGACCCAAUCGACUGAUUCCAAAAUCAAUGGCACCUUGAAUCUGCACCGUCUCUUCUCCCAGCCAGACCAAGGGCUGUCAUUCUUCGUGACUCUCUCUUCCGUGGCCAGCGUCAUUGGAAACAUGGGCCAGGCCAACUACUCCGCCGGCAACGGCUUCAUGGAUGCCCUAUUGGAAUGGCGGCGCAACCACAACCUCCCCGGCCACUCCAUCAACAUCGGCCUCGUCCCUGAUGCCAGCGGCCUCAGUGACAUCGCUGAAGACCAGGAACAACGUCGUCGCCGAUACAACCAUCUCGACGGCACUGAGAUCAUGACUCGCGAGCUCCAAACCCUCCUCCGGGUAAUCAUCAACAGCAAGCUGUCUCUCCCACCGCAAAUCAUUGCGGGUAUGACAGACUCCCUGUCUCGCAAAAAUCCCCCAGGCGCAUGGCUUCUCGAUCGCAAGUUUGACCAUCGCCUCCUCCCGGUGGAGGACAGUGACGGAGGCAAACUCACAACGAGCGCCCUGCUCAAGGAGUCCAGUUCGCCAGACGCUGCGGCGCAGAUCGUCGUCGACGCUCUGAGUGAAUACCUCGCACACGCAAUGGCCACAACCGCCGAUUCUAUCGAUUUGGACCUGCCUCUGUCCGCACUGGGUGGUAAGUUUUGACAAUUCUUUUUCAUAUGAUGUAUGCUAACAUGUCACAGUUGACUCCCUCAAAGCCACCGAAGUGCAGAAUUGGGUCUCGCGCGAACUGGGGGCAGAGCUGUCUUCGUUUGACUUUCUGGGCUCGCAGCCGACCAAGGCGUUGGCCAAGAAGAUCGCUUCUGCCAGCUCUUUUGUCACGGUGUCGAGCUGAUUAAAUGGUUUUAAUGGGGUAUAUGGACUCACGGCGUUGAUGAUUUUCUACUUUUAAACUCUGUAAUGA